AUGACAAGACCCCAGAUAAUCCGAGCUGAUACCUUGGAUCUCCAAGAUCACGAUGCGCCCUCUGCACAAGAUCACUCUAAACAACCCGAACACCCAGAGCCUCUUGGGAGCGGCCGGCCUGCACCCCAUCAAGAGCUCGCCAUCCGUCAAGCGGAUCAAGAUUCGAAGUCGGAAAUAAAGGGUGGACCCGACAAGAACAAUGAAUACCGCAAUGGAAAGGACAUAUAUCGCGAGCCCGAUGACGAUGAAGAUGAGGACGGAGACCACUACGACCACGAAGACGGUGAUCUGGCAGACGGCGAAAGUGAUGAUCUGAUGGACGACGAUUUGAUGGACAAAAUAUCCAGCUCUCCCAGUAUUGAUGAUGAGGAUAUCGAUUUCGAAUUCGUUUAUGCGCUUCACAACUUCGUCGCUACUGUCGAUGGGCAAGCAAAUGCUGCCAAGGGCGAUACUAUGGUUCUUCUUGAUGAUAGCAACAGCUAUUGGUGGCUGGUUCGCGUGGUGAAGGAUGGGAGCAUCGGAUACCUCCCCGCGGAGCACAUCGAAACGCCAACCGAAAGACUGGCCAGAUUGAAUAAACACAGAAACGUGGAUCUUUCUGCGACCAUGUUGGGCGAUAACAACGAGAAGUCGAAGAAUCCUUUGAAGAAGGCCAUGCGCCGCCGGAACGCAAAGAACGUCAAUUUCGCACCUCCUACAUACAUUGAAGCAUCGGACGUCGAAUAUUCCAGCGACGAAGACUCCGAACAUGGCGACUUUUUCAACGACGAUGAGACCCUCGACGGAGAAGAGGAAGAUGCGCAAGAUCAGAGCGAAGAUAUUGUCGUCGAACCACUCCGCCCCAAGGGACAGAAAGAGAAGACAGCAGAACAUACCGAUAUCCAGGGUUCGCAAGACAGAUCUGAAUCACAGCGUUCAAUCUCUGACCGACGCCCAUCAAGUGAAGAAUUCUUUGAAUCGGAAGAACCCACUGUCAGUAGAUCCAGAAAUGGCACUGUACGAAACACCGACUCGUUCUUCAAAGACGACACAGCCGAGCCCAAGAAGAUUUCUCUCACCCCCAACUUGCUGCGUGAUGAAUCCGGCGGCGGCGGUGGUGGCUUGGCCGAGUGGAAAGAGCCUCGUGGAAGUUUCGAGUCCAUUGAAAAGGGAUCCAACUCACAGGACAAAAUCAAGGAGGACAAGAAGCGAAAGGAUAAGAAACCUGGAAUGCUCAGCGGACUAUUCAAGCGGAAAAAGAGCAAAGAUGAAGUCGACGAGGGAGAGAAAUCUCCGGCAGACGCGUGCACAUCGCCCCAACCAAAGACCUCGAUGGAGUCCAUUUCAUCAAAGUCCUUGUCACCUGAACAACGACCCAUCAAACAUCAACCUCAAUCCCAGAAGGACACGAACAAAAAGCUACAGAAGCAGCAUCCAGGGAUCAUGAAGGUUGACACGGAGCUGGACCCUGCAAUGGCCGAAUAUUCCAAGCAUGAGACCAAACAGAGUGGCGACAAGACCAUCCGAAAGGUGACCUCGCAGGAAGAGGAAGCCUUCGAGUGCGACAUUGUACUGUCAUCUCCUGUCAGCCAACACAGUCUUUCUAGGGAUCCCUUUGCCACUCCUGUUGAAUCCAAGAACGCCUUGGCUUCGCCUGUUGAACGCACAUCUAGUGAAGUGCAAUGGAGAGGUCCUAGUGAAUCUUCUCGCGCAACCGAAUCAUCCUCUCUCACAUCGCCACCUCAGAAGUUCACUCCUAAGUUUGCAUCUAGAGAUCAUGGGACCGAGUCGCCCGUCAAUAUUUCUCCUGUGGAGGGAUACAUCCCUGUUGGCGCCCCAGGCUUGACCCUAGACGCCUCACCGCAAGGAGUGCGGUCUCUUUCACCGCCAUCACCCCCGUCCUCGCCCGGAGUUGAUACCAAUUACCACAAGGGUAGCACCGCUACUCCUGGAUCUAUGGACACUCUUUCCGUGGAUACACCUACCUGGAGCGACUCCAGUCUACGAUCAUACAUGGACGAAGAAAACGACAUUCGCGACUUGUUUAUCAUUGUCCAUGACAAAUCAAAUGUUCCUCCUGCUGGUCCCGACCACCCCAUUACUGGUCGACUCUUCAAGGAGGAAAGCAAGCGACUUAAGGAAAUGAACAACCAGCUUGAUGAGAUGCUUGUGAACUGGAUGUCACAACGCACCAGUAGCUCUGCCUCAGCGCGAAACAUGCAGAACCCAACCUAG